AUGGCGCAUGCUGGUAGUACCGGCGGAGUCGACUCAAUGUAGGUAGUGAGACCGAAUGCCAACCGAUUUGGGAGUCCAGAAAACAGCUGAUGUGUGACCUUUCACAAGCACUCAAAAGAAUCCAAAUGAUAUUGUCAUAACACUUGCGAUUAGAACGCCAUUGACCAAAGCUAAGAAAGGCGGCUUCAGAGAUACGCCUCUUGAUGGUUUGUGCCUUCGAAUCUUGCAGCUGGUACGAGAGAAGAGUAAUCUGGAUCCGGCCUUGGUCGAAGACAUUUGUCUAGGAAAUGUACGUGAGGAGAUCAGAACAACAGGCGGAUCAUGCUGAAGGCAAAUUAGGUGAGAGAAGGCAGGGCCGCUUACUACGUGAGAGCAGCAGCACUUGCAGCAGGAUUUCCGGCUACAACUGCGGCUUCGAGCACGGCUCGCUUUUGCUCCUCUGGACUCACCGCGACGCAACAUGUCGCAGAUGCCAUCACGAACGCGGAGAUAGAGAUCGGUAUAGCAGUCGGUGCGGAAUCACUCACUCACUUCACCGGCCAGCGGCUCGACAGAGAUUUCGUCCCCGAGGUCAUGCAGGGUAGUCCAGAGGCCCGAGACUGCAUGUAUCCGAUGGGUGUGACCUCGGAGAUUGUAGGCCAGGAGUUCAAUAUCACUAGGCAGAUGCAAGAUGAAUAUGCCGUGGAGUCCUAUCGAAGGGCUGAGGAGGCGCAGAAAGCGGGAUGGUUUGAUGAUGAGAUUGUCCCUACCACUGUGAAGCUGGACGGGAAGGAGGUGACUCUCACGGAGGAUGAUGUGCGCUAUGGCACGAAGUUGGAGACGAUUGCGAAGCUGCCGCCAUCGUUUCCGCCGGGCGAUAAGAGUACUGCGGGCAAUAGUAGCCAGGUCACGGUAGGGCAUGCCGAGACGAGAAGUUUUCCUGUGGGAUUUGCUGACCUUCCCUGCUCUGCCUUCAGGACGGAGCUGCCGCAUUACUUCUCAUGAAACGCUCCAAAGCGCUCGAACUCGGCCAGCCUGUUGUCGCGAAAUACGUCGGUUCCGCCCUCGCCGGUCUUCCACCUCGUAUCAUGGGCAUUGGUCCCGUAUAUGCCAUCCCGAAACUGCUGAGCAGAUACAACCUCUCGCUCAGCACGGACAUUGAUGUCGUUGAGAUCAAUGAGGCUUUCGCUUCCAUGGCUGUGUACUGUCGCGAUGAGCUUGAUUUGAGGUGGGAGAAUAUGAACCCGCGAGGCGGUGCCAUUGCGCUGGGUCAUCCGUUUGGGUGUACAGGUAUUCGACAGGUAAUCUGUGGCUUGAGCGAGUUGAGGAGGAGGAAGCAGAAGGUGCUUUUGACGAGCAUGUGCAUGGUAUGUUCCACACUCUCAUAUGUCUCUCCGGCAAAGCAUGCUGACUUUAGUUUCGUAGGGUACAGGUAUGGCCAUGGCAGGCCUGUUUGUCAAUGAGCAGCUGUAG